AUGUUGACCCGAUCUUUUUCUUCAGACAGUGAGCCUCGAGAUCAUGUGGAAGUUGAUUAUAUGAGCCAAUUGACCAAAUCAAAACUGAUAAGGCAGGUGACAAUUGAUGUUGGUAGUCCUGAAGCUGGAGUUAUCAAAGAGUUUGUUGCAAAAGAGGGAGAUAUAGUGGAGCCACCUACAAAGGUUGUAAUGAGUAAGCGUCUGAUGAAGUCGAUAUAUUUAAUGAAACUUCGAUCUGAAUAUGAAGAAGCUUUCCUUGAGAAGCAUGGAGUGAAAUUUGGGCUCAUGUCUGGAUUUGUGAAAACUGCUGUUAGUGGGCUACAAAAUCAACUAAUCAUUAAUGUUGUUAUUGAUGGAGAUGAUAUCAUCUAUAGAGAUUAUAUUGAUAUCAGUAUUGCUGUUGGGACUCCAACGGAAAUAUGGAAACAAUGGUCUUUGUCAUCUCUCUGGUUUGGUGAAUUUGGAACGUUUGAAUUUUCCAUUCACACUUAUUACAGAUGGAGGUUUGCGACACUUGGAAGUGAAACGGAUAUUUGCAUUAAUUUCACAACCCCUUUAGGACUUUAA